GGUCGGGCUGGGCUGAGAGGGGAGGGGUUGGCUGCGGCGGCCCAGGCGGCGUCGUUAUUUCCGCGAGCUGGGCGGUGCGUGGCAGCGCUGGUGGCCACCGGAGAAGUAGAUAGGGACCGCUGUUCGGAGCCAUUGAGACUUCUUCCCUCCCGUGUCAGAGAGCCGCAGCACCCCGCGCGCGUGGCGGACCCUGGGGACGCCAGGUCACCCUGCGGCCCCUGCCCUCCCGUCGCGCUUCAGGAAUAAUGGUUAUGAAAGCUUCUGUAGACGAUGAUGAUUCAGGAUGGGAGCUCAGUAUACCAGAAAAGAUGGAAAAAAGCAAUACAAACUGGGUGGACAUAACUCAAGAUUUUGAAGAAGCUUGUCGAGAAUUAAAGUUGGGAGAACUGCUUCAUGAUAAGCUAUUUGGUCUUUUUGAAGCUAUGUCUGCCAUUGAAAUGAUGGAUCCCAAGAUGGAUGCUGGCAUGAUUGGAAACCAAGUUAAUCGAAAAGUUCUCAAUUUUGAACAAUCUAUCAAGGAUGGCACCAUUAAAAUUAAAGACCUCACCUUGCCUGAAUUGAUAGGGAUAAUGGAUACAUGUUUUUGCUGUUUGAUAACAUGGUUAGAAGGCCAUUCCUUGGCACAGACAGUAUUUACGUGCCUUUACAUUCAUAAUCCAGACUUUAUAGAAGAUCCUGCCAUGAAAGCUUUUGCUCUGGGUAUCUUGAAAAUCUGUGACAUUGCAAGGGAAAAAGUAAAUAAAGCUGCUGUUUUUGAAGAGGAAGAUUUUCAGUCAAUGACUUAUGGAUUUAAAAUGGCCAACAGUGUGACAGAUCUUCGAGUUACAGGCAUGCUAAAAGAUGUGGAGGAUGACAUGCAAAGAAGAGUAAAGAGUACUCGAAGUCGACAGGGAGAAGAAAGAGAUCCAGAAGUUGAACUAGAACACCAACAGUGUUUAGCAGUAUUCAGCAGAGUGAAAUUUACUCGAGUGUUACUGACAGUGCUUAUAGCUUUUACUAAGAAAGAGACCAGUGCUGUUGCAGAAGCUCAAAAAUUGAUGGUUCAAGCAGCAGAUCUUCUUUCUGCCAUUCAUAAUUCAUUGCAUCAUGGCAUCCAGGCCCAGAAUGAUACUACAAAAGGAGAUCAUCCCAUUAUGAUGGGUUUUGAGCCUCUUGUUAACCAGAGACUACUUCCACCCACCUUCCCUCGAUACGCAAAAAUAAUAAAGAGGGAAGAAAUGGUCAACUAUUUUGCAAGAUUAAUAGAUAGAAUAAAAACUGUCUGUGAGGUGGUCAAUUUAACAAAUUUACAUUGUAUCCUGGAUUUUUUCUGUGAAUUUAGUGAACAGUCACCUUGUGUUCUUUCAAGAUCUCUAUUACAAACCACUUUCCUGGUGGAUAACAAAAAGGUCUUUGGAACCCAUCUCAUGCAAGACAUGGUGAAAGAUGCACUUCGGUCUUUUGUCAGUCCUCCGGUGCUCUCCCCAAAGUGCUGCCUAUAUAAUAAUCACCAGGCUAAGGACUGUAUUGAUUCCUUUGUUACUCACUGUGUUCGGCCAUUCUGUAGUCUCAUUCAGAUCCAUGGACAUAACAGGGCUCGACAGAGAGAUAAGCUUGGUCAUAUUCUUGAGGAAUUUGCCACCUUGCAGGAUGAGGCAGAGAAGGUUGAUGCAGCCCUUCACACUAUGCUGUUGAAACAGGAGCCCCAAAGGCAACAUUUGGCCUGUUUAGGUACCUGGGUCCUUUACCAUAACCUUCGAAUUAUGAUACAGUAUCUUCUAAGUGGCUUUGAAUUGGAACUCUACAGCAUGCACGAGUACUAUUACAUAUAUUGGUAUCUCUCUGAAUUCCUUUAUGCAUGGUUGAUGUCAACAUUAAGUCGUGCCGAUGGCUCUCAGAUGGCAGAGGAAAGGAUAAUGGAAGAGCAGCAGAAAGGCCGUAGUAGUAAAAAAACAAAAAAAAAGAAGAAAGUUCGCCCAUUGAGCCGAGAGAUCACAAUGAGCCAGGCAUAUCAGAAUAUGUGUGCUGGAAUGUUUAAAACCAUGGUAGCAUUUGACAUGGAUGGCAAAGUACGAAAACCCAAGUUUGAGCUCGAUAGUGAACAAGUUCGAUACGAGCACAGAUUUGCUCCAUUCAACAGUGUAAUGACACCACCGCCAGUGCACUAUCUGCAGUUCAAGGAAAUGUCUGACCUUAAUAAAUAUAGCCCUCCUCCUCAGUCUCCAGAACUGUAUGUGGCAGCUAGUAAGCACUUUCAGCAGGCAAAAAUGAUAUUGGAAAAUAUCCCAAACCCAGACCAUGAGGUCAAUAGAAUUUUAAAGGUUGCCAAACCCAACUUUGUGGUUGUGAAGUUAUUGGCAGGAGGACACAAAAAGGAAUCUAAGGUUCCUCCUGAAUUUGAUUUCUCUGCUCACAAAUAUUUUCCUGUUGUGAAACUUGUUUGAAAGAGAGACUGAAAAGGUGACCAAAGAGGUGAAGUCUACUUACAGAUUCUACUCUUAGAGGAUCUAUCCAUCAGUCUUACAUGAAGUGAAAUGGAUUUCUUGGGUAACAACCCAUUAUAAGGAAUACUUUUAAUUUGACAGCCUUACAUGACGUGAAUGAAAACUGCUGUUUUAAAGUGGUUUAUUAUGUUCCAUGGAUGAAACUGGUCUUAUUGAAUGCAUUGAUGAACAUUAUAUGGUUUUAUUACAGAUUUACUCAGAAAUCAUUUUUUAUGAAUGAUUGAGUGAAAAUAGUGUUUGUAAAGGUUAAUAAAUUUCUUGACAAAAAAUGCACUACUGGAGAUGAAAAACAAUAGCACUGUGUUGAUACAUGUUAAGAAUUGAAGGUGUUUAUUACUCUUAAUGUUUGAGUAGUUCAAACAUUAUCCAAAAGAAGUUUCAAAUUAAGGGAUUUUUUAAACACAUGGGAUUUGGGCAAAAUACAUUUUAAAGGGAUUUUGGGGGGCCUCCUAGCUAUAUAGGGAGACUAAAUUAUACGGGGAUUGUGAUUUU